AGAAAUUGUUGUCUCGACGAUUACUUUCCUGCUUCGUCGCCUGCAGGCUGAAAGUUUCUUUCCUUCAGCAAAAACUGGAAUUCUCAUCUGGAAUUCCGUUCUGUGUGCUUCCUUAGUGAUCCAAGCCAUCAAAAAUGUACCAGUGGAGGAAAUUCGACUUCUUCGAGGACAAAUACGGCGGUAAGAGCUCGAUUCCGGACGAAAUCUCCGGUAAGAUCGAGUGCUCUUCCAGCGGUAGAGGCAAAGUGGUGAUCGGCUGCAACGACGGCACCGUCAGUUUCCUCGAUCGUGGCCUCAACUUCAAUUCAGGAUUCCAAUCUCACUCUUCCUCCGUCCUUUUCCUCCAGCAGCUCAAGCAAAGAAACUUCCUGUUAACUGUUGGCGAAGAUGAGCAAUUAGCUUCCCACCAAUCCGCCAUGUGCCUCAAGGUUUUUGACCUCGAUAAGCCGUCGCAGCAACAGGAGGGAACUAGCUCAGCCGCUGCUACCCCUGAUUCCAUUGGCAUAUUGCGCAUUUUCACUAAUAAUUUCCCUGAGGCCAAGAUUACUUCGUUUUUAGUACUAGAGGAAGCACCUCCGAUACUACUGAUAGCUAUUGGGUUAGACAAUGGCUGCAUUUACUGCAUCAAGGGUGACAUUGCUAGAGAGCGAAUCCAACGUUUCAAGCUGCAGGUCGAUAAUGCUUCAAACAAGAGUCAAUUGCCUGUUACGGGUCUGGGUUUUAGAGUGGAUGGCCAAACCCUUCAGUUGUUUGCUGUGACUCCUGAUUCAAGCCAGCAAGCUGAUGCUGCAGCUACUGCUGAAGUUCUCAGAAAGUAUGGAGAUCAUCUGUAUAGCAAGCAAGAUUAUGAUGAAGCCAUGGCUCAGUACAUUAACACGAUUGGUCACCUCGAACCUUCGUACGUGAUUCAGAAGUUCCUAGAUGCACAGAGGAUACACAACCUUACAAACUAUCUGGAGAAUUUGCAUGAAAAGGGGCUCGCUUCAAAGGACCACACAACUCUUCUCUUGAACUGUUAUACCAAACUGAAAGAUGUCGAGAAGCUGAAUGCUGGAGACCAUGAAUGGUACCUGAAGAUCUUGCUUGAGGAUCUUGGCAGGUACGAUGAAGCCUUGGAGUAUAUUUCUAGCCUUGACUCUAGUCAGGCUGGUGUGACGGUGAAAGAAUAUGGACGACACAGUGGCGAUGAGAAAGAAAUUCAAGACCUAAGGACGAAUGCCAGAUCUUCCAGCUCAGCAAGUGUACUGCUUGCACUUUCACCCUUGAUCUUCCAGCGGUCCAUUUCAUGUGCAUGCACUCUUUCCAUCAACGUUGCCCUCGGGAUAAUGAGAAAGAAUGCCCGGAAUGUGCUCCCGACUACAGAUCAGUCCUUGAGGAUGAAGAGAACCUGGAGCAGAACUCCAAAGAUCAGGACCGUUUCUUCCAACAGGUUAAGAGCUCAAAAGAUGGGUUUUCUGUAAUUGCCGAGUAUUUUGGGAAGGGGAUUAUUAGCAAAUCCAGCAAUGGACACGCAGCAACUCUUGGAUCAGCCAAACUUCUUCUGGAAAUGGCUACUGACUCGUAGCGAUUGGUAUCCUUGACCUUGAGAGUUCAGUCUUUCAUUCCUUGCAUUAAGUAUCCAUCUACUUGCGAAAGGGAAAGCUUGAGUGUGUUCUGUAAAAGCUAAGCGACAGUUGAGACAAGGAUCCCUGGAUAGGGCAUCCUCUUGAUUCUGUAACACUGUCUCGUGCUGAGAUUCAUCCUGAAACCUGGAUUAUCACCUUCCUGGACGAGCAGCCAAGGUUGUUGAUGGCUUCGCAUCAUAUGAAGUUCCCUACAGGUGCACUUUUCUCCUCUUUUAAGCCUGGAGACUGUAUUUUGCGCAACAUAAAAUCUUCUUCUUCUUCUUUUUUUUUUUUUUUUUUGCAUGGUUGUGUGUGUCGGUUUCGUUGAGUAUAUUCGAUCUUGUACUAUCGCUAAAAAACAGAAAAAAGUUCAGUUGGCAAGAUUUCAGAGGUCUGCUUCUGGCUACUUCCAUACUGCCUUCAAUAUUAGCACUGAUUGUGGAUAAAGAAAUCAUAUUUUGCUGCAUUGUGCUUGCUUCAUCUCUAUCUUGUUUGCGUUUGGCCCAAAGCGACAAACCAAAUCAUUUCAGUUCCAACAUUAGUUGAUAUACCCCGCCUGAGAUUGAAAUAUUCAUCUUUCUGAUGAUAAAAGGAAUGCAAGCUGGCUGGUUUCCUGAAAAUCUGAAAGCUUUGGGGAUUUCAGAUUUCAAUAUGCACUCGUUAUGGGAAUGAUCUGGUCAUCGCCUUGUCAACUGUUGGAAUGGAGAGAAAAUUGGUUUGGUGGGUCCUACAUGUUCAUUCUAUCUAUCCAGUACCAACUCCAUUGCAAGUUUCUUCUUCUGCGUCGUGUAAUGUAUGAGGAAUCCAAUAUAUGAUGGAUGGGAUGAGUCUGUCCAGAAGCAAGUUCCAUCGUUGCUUUGGCUUUAAGUGGGAGAAGAUGUGUAAGCUUAAUAAUUAGUGACCCUGGAUGUUAACUAAUAAUUAUUCCCUCCUGUGUUUGCUAUCUUAUCUAAUUGUAAUUAUUGAGUUUAUGUUGGUGCUAAUUGGGCAUCUAGGCCAGCUGGUCUUGUUUUGUAAUCUUGUGUUUCAUGAUGAUGUGAUUUGGAUGAAUUAGUGUCGACUCUUCUAACUUUAACUGGUGCCUCUGGUUAGAGAAUUCAGAAAUUGCU